GCGGGGCGCGCACCCGGAAGGGCCGCGGGCCGAGCGGCGCAACAGGCGGCGGCCGGCGAGGGGCUGCGGCGGCGGCGCGCACCGGCCCGGGAUGGACAAGCUGAAGAAGGUGCUGAGCGGCCAGGACACCGAGGACCGGGGCGGCCUGGCCGAGGUGACUGACACGUCUUCCUUGAGCUGGGACACCAGAAUCAAAGGCUUCGCGGCGUGUUUUGUCACGGGGAUUCUCUGCUCGCUGCUGGGCACUUUCCUGCUCUGGGUGCCGAGGAAGGGGCUGUACCUGUUCGCAGUGUUCUACACCUUUGGCAACAUCGCAUCGAUCGGGAGCACGGUCUUCCUCAUGGGGCCGAUGAAGCAGCUGAAGCGGAUGUUCGAGCCCACGCGUCUGGUCGCGACCAUCAUGGUGCUGUUGUGUUUUGCGCUCACCCUGUGUUCUGCCUUCUGGUGGCACAACAAGGGGCUUGCCCUCAUCUUCUGCAUUCUGCAGUCUUUGGCCCUGACGUGGUACAGCCUUUCCUUCAUACCGUUUGCGAGGGACGCUGUGAAGAAGUGUUUCGCUGCGUGUCUUACCUAGCACGUGGCCAACGUUGCGAAGCUUUGGGAGGCGCUGUGGACGGAAGCCGGCGGACACUUUUGUAAAUACCUUCUGGCCCUUUUGCUCAGAUCUGUGCCUUUCCCGUGGCCGCAGCGGGUCCAGUGACCCGAGCAUUUGCUUCUGGAGGCGGCAGCGGGUCCCCAAUCCCAGAUGUCUUGUAGCACAGUAGGAGGGCGGGCUCUGCGUCCUCUGGAGAGGCAUCGGCCUCGUCCCCCCUUUCCUCGUUGGGUGUGGUUCCCCGAAUUCUCAUAAAUAAAAACCGAACUGAGCAGCA